AUGGAUAGAAGAAAUGACUACAGUUAUAGAUGUCCCCUGAUGAAGUCCAAGCAUCUGAACGGGGAUGAGAGAAAUGGAAGUAAUUACAAGUGGAUCCCGUGGAGCUGGAGGCCUUUGCCACUCCGAGAAGUGGCCAUUUUGCAAGAAAGGGCAAAUAAGUUGGUGAAAUACCUAUUGGUUAAAGACCAGACAAAGAUCCCCAUCAAGCGCUCAGACAUGCUGAAGGAUAUCAUCCAAGAAUAUGAUGAAUAUUUCCCAGAGAUCAUUGAACGCGCAAGCUAUGCUCUGGAAAAGAUGUUUCUAGUCAAUCCGAAGGAAAUCGAUAAACAAAGUAGCUUAUAUAUUCUCAUCAGCACUCAGGAACGCUUCGCAGGCAUACUGGGAACGACCAAGGACAUACCCAAGCUAGGUCUUCUCAUGAUGAUUCUGAGUAUCAUUUUAAUGAAUGGCAACAAGGCCAGUGAGGCUGUCAUCUGGGAGGUGCUGCGCAAGUUGGGGCUGUGCCCUGGGGUGAGGCAUUCAUUCCUUGGGGAAGUGAGGAAGCUCAUCACAGACAAAUUUGUGAAACAGAAAUAUCUGGAAUACAAGAGGGUCACCAACAGCAGUCCAGCUGAAUAUGAGUUCUUCUGGGGCUUGCACUCCUACCAUGAGACUAGCAAGAUGAAAGUCCUCAAGUUUGCAUGCAAGGUGCAGAAGAAAGACCCCAAGGACUGGGCUGCUCAGUACCGGGAGGCGGUGGAGAUGGAAGUCCAAGCUGCAGCUGUGGCUGUGGCUGAGGUUGAGGCCAGGGCUGAGGCAAGAGCCCAAAUGGGGUUUGGAGAGGAAGCUGUGGCUGGGCUCUGGAAUUGGGAUGACAUGGAUAUCAACUGCCUAACAAGGGAAGAGUUAGGUGAUGACGGUCAGGCCUGGAGCAGGUUUUCAUUUGAAAUUGAGGCCAGAGCCCAAGAAAAUGCAUAUGCUAGCACCAAUGUCAUUUUCAGCAGAGGAGCGAGCACCAGGGCUAGCUUCAGUGAUGAUGCUAGUAUUAGCUUCAGUGGUUCACCCAGCCCUAGUGGUGGAUUUGGUGGCAGAGCUGGCAUUACCUUUGAUGGUGCAUCCAUUACCUUUGGUUGUGCACCCAUUACCUUUGGUGAUGCAUCCAGCACCAGUGCCAGCUUCAGUAGUGCAGCCAGCAUUAGCUUUGAUGGCACAACCAGCACUAACUCCAGCUUCAGCGACACAGCCAGCAUUAGCUUUGGUGGCACAUCCAGCACUAGCACUAGUUUCAGUGGUAGACCCAGCAUUACCUUUGGUGGCACACUUGUCAGCUCUAGUUUUAGUGACCCACUCAACAUUAGCACCAGUUUCAGUGGUGGAACCAGCUCUGGCUUUGGAGGCACACUCAGCACCAGGGUCUGCUUUGGUGGUUCUCCAAGCUCUGGUGUCAGCUUUGGGGGCACAGUUAGUACCAGUAUCUGUGUUGGUGGCUCUCUCAGCACCAGCACUGGUUUUGGUGGUACACUCAGCAGCAGUGUUUCCUUUGGUAGUUCUCCCAGCACCAGUGCCAGCUUUGGCAGUGCACUCAACACCACUGCCAGUUUCAGCAAUGCACUCAGUACCACUGCUGGUUUCAGUGGGGCUGUCAGCACUAGUGCUAGCUUCGGUGGUGCUGUCUGUACCAGUGUUGGCUUCGGCAGUGCACCCAGCACCAACCCUUCUUUUGGCAGUGCAUUCAGCACCAUUGUUGGCUUCAGUGGGACACAUAGUACCACUACUGACUUUGGUGGUGCUCCCAACAACAUCAUUGGCUUUGGCGGUGCUCCCAGCACCAACAUUGGCUUUGGCAGUGCUCCUAGCACCAACAUCGGCUUUGGCGGUGCUCCCAGCACUAGCGUCAGCUUUGGUGCUGACAAAACCAGCCUGUGUUUUGGUGGAGCUCCCAACACCAGCCUCAGCUUUGGCAGUGCAUCUAACACCAAUCUAUGCUUUGGUGGCCCUCCUUGCACCAGUGCCUGCUUUAGUGGUGCUACCAGUGCCAGUUUUGGGGAUGGACCCAGCACCAGUGCCGGUUUCAGCUUUGGCAGGUUAAGCACCAGCACUGGCUUUGGUGGCAGCCUAGGCACCAGCGCUGGGUUUGUUGGUGGACUGGGUACUAGCGCUGGCUUUGGUGGUGGACUAGGCAGCAGCACUGGCUUCAGUGGUGGACUAGGCACGAGAACUGGCUUCGGUGGUGGACUAGGCACCAGUGCCAGCUUUAGUGGUGGACUGGUUACCAGUGAUGGCUUUUAUGGUGGACUAGGCACCAGUGCUGGUUUUGGCAGCACACUUGGCACUGGCACUGGCUUUAAUGCUGGCCUCAGCACCAGCAAUGGUUUUGGUAGUGGGCCUAAUGCCAGCUUUAACAGAGGACUAAGUACCAUCAUUGGCUUUGGCAGUGGUUCCAACGCCAGCACUGGCUUUACUGGUGAACCGAGCACUGGCACAGGCUUCAGUAGUGGACCCAGUUCUAUUAUGGGCUUUAGUGGUGGACCAAGCACUGGUGCUGGUUUCUGCAUUGGACCAAGCACCAGUGGCUUCAGCAGUGGACUGAGCAGCAGUGCUAGCUUUGGUGGUGAACCAAGCAGCAGUGCUGUCUUCAGUGGUGGACCAAGUACUGGUGCUGGCUUUGGUGGUGAAGCCACCAGCCUUGGUGCCUGUGGCUUCUACUGUGGCUAG